CCACCAAAGACAGAAGCUUCCGCCUGGCUGACCAGGCACUUCAACGGCGCUGGAAUUCAAAUCUCAGUCCAGCUGUUCUGUGACUAUCUUCAGGGCGUAGAAGUGCUGAAUCUUCUUCCGUCAGAAGAUGCUUAUCGAAUCCCAGUGGGAUUAAUCCAGUGAUUUGGCCAUGUCUCAAAUGUCUUUCCAGUCCACUCAGCAUGAGGAUUCACUUUCUGGAGAUUCCGUGGAGAAUUUCUGCAAGAAGGUGCUGAAAUCCCGCGUCUUCCUGGGCGAAUUCAAGGAGAAGCGCCUCGUCUCGUCCCUGGAGAGCUACCGGGACGUCAUUGUUGUUGACGUGCAGAGUGAAUCGGCGAUUGCCAAUGAUCUGGACAUCGUUUAUGGGAAGCUGAUUGAAUGGCUGGGCGAAAGGAAUGACAAUCACUGGAUUGGACUCACCAGGACUUCUAGUCAGCCGAAGGGCGGCUUGCAGACUGUGCUGGUGUGGACGGAGCUGGACUCCUUCUACCCAUUCGGCAAGUACUGGUUCCAGAUCAAGACAGUGCGCUUCCGGGAACAUGAAAUUCUUCUUAAGCUGAAAGUUCUGCGAUCGGCAGAAGAGCCCACGCCGCGGGGAAAUGACCAGGAAGUGCCGUUCAAGUGGGAGGACAUCGAUUGGCCUCUGUUUGAGCGCAUAGGCAGGGAUUCGGCUGCCUGGGCAAAGAAGCAGCUGACACAUUUCCUCGUUUUCUUGCUCUCUGUGCGCGUGAAUGCCGGACAAAUCGUUGCGGCCAUCAAGAUGAUUGUUUUGGGCGUGGUGUUCGCGGUCGCGUCCAGCAUCCAGGCCAUUCAGCUGCUUGGGAACUUCAGUCUGCGCUUUGUUGAGGAGACACGGAAGUGCAUUCACGUUCUCACGCCCUUAAUCCUGGGCACUUUGGACAUCUUCUCUAAGAUCGUUGGCGGUUUUUAUAUGCUGAUAGCUAUGGUUUGGCGCGACAGCAUCAAUCUGAAGGUGGGCAACAGGAAUAGAGUCCAGGCGAUUGAGGGGCCGCGAGGCUACAAUCCUCAGAUACCCGGAAGGAGAUCCACAAUGACAAUGUACAGAGAUGUCCGGAGAUUCGUCCAGAGAGACUAGCUUUAAGCUUUUAUGUGGUUAUUCGCGCAUAUUAUCCAGCAUUCGCAAUUGUGUAGUCAAUCACUUUGUUUAGAAACACUUUACAUGCUUUUUGUAAUAAAAAUCACUCUUAUUUAUUCA